AUGACUCAUUUAGAAAAUGUCUUUUUAAAGAAUGUUUUAUUGUAUUUACCAACAUUAAAAGAUGUAGGGAGAUUUGCACAAGUAAGUAAAUCAUGUGAAGAAGCAAUCAAUACGAUUUAUGUCAAUCCAUAUGAAUUAACAAUCCAUCAUUCAUUUGAUGAAAUUAUUCCAUUAUUUCCUAAUUUACAAACAUUUUAUGUUAGAAGAUGUCCAUCAAGAUUAUACAAAAUAACAGCAAAUGAUAUUCCACUUAUUGAAGUAGGAGGAUGGAAUGAACAAUCCAAACAAACACAAGUGUUUAACACAAAAUGGUUUUGUUCCAAAAUAAGGAAAAUACGAAUAGAUGGAUAUUAUUGUAAAAAAGUAAUAGAAAAACAUCCAAACUAUUUUAUUCAAUUACAAGAAUUAGUUGUUAUGAAUGGAAUUGAUAUUAAUGCAUUAAUACAAUUAUUUGAAUUACCAACAUUAAAAAAAGUAAUUAUUAUUUGUAGUAUUGGUGAAUUUCAACUUCUUUCAAAGUCAUUUGAUUUUAAUAAGCAUAACCAAAUCAAUUUCAUUAUUAUUUUUAUUAUUACAUAUUCAAACACUAACAUAUUAAAUCAAAUGGAUUAUAAUCAAUUCAUUAAUUGUAGAUUUUACACAAGAACAAUUAAUAAAUCAACAAUGAAUUGUCCUUAUUUACCAAUAUUACCAUAUGAAUCUCAAUUCUUAAUAGAUAAUUGUGAUAUGACUAUUGAAAGUGAUGUGUUCAAUAAAAUCAAUGAAAUCAAUGAAAUAAUUGUAAAGAACAAUUUACAGAAUAUUUUAAUUAAAAAUGUUUUGAAUGACUAUGAAGGAAAUAGAAUUGAUUUAACACCAUUAUCAAUUGAAUCAUUAUCAAUACAAGACGUUGAAAAACAAAAUGUUGAUAUUAUCAUUCCUCCACAUUUAAAAUCAUUAAUAAUUAACAGCUGUAAAGCAUCAAUUGAUAUUUCAAAAUGUCACUUAAAAAAGAUAAUAAUAUCUAAUUAUCAAGGAAAAGUAAUGGAUAUAUAUGAUGAUAAAUUAGAAGUAUUUCAAAAUAAUUCCAAUGAAGAAGUAACAUGGUAUCAUAACAAUACAUUACUUAAGAAAAAUGAAAUUUAUGUAGAUACAAACAAAAUUACUUCAUUUAAAACUGGUUACAUAUAUUAUUUUAUAAACAUUAAUAACAAUAAUAAUUAUAAUAAUAAUAAUAAUGCUUCAAAAACUAUCAUUUUUAAAU